CAGUGAUUGUAGUAUUUUCCUGUGUUUUUGGCCAAAGGGAAUGAAAAUACAACUCCAUUCCAUUUGCUUUCCUUUCUCUGUUUGUGGGAUUCUCUGCCCUUCUCCAAAGCAACAGUAAACGAGGUUACAUCGUCGGAUCAAAAUCAGGAACAGGUAAAUGCCGCCAAAGUCGCUGCAUUUCUUGCCCGGUUUCCGGUGUCAGACUCAAAUCUGAAGGAGGAGGAGGAGGGGGAGGAGAAGAAAGAAGAGAAAUGCAAGAGACUCUGUUGAGUCUAUCUGAAGAAGCUGUUCACCCAGUUGACAACGACGGCUAUUAUAAGAAGAAAAAGUCUGAAGCAGGGGAAGAAGAAGAGGAAGGGGUGCUGUUGGUGGUCACUUCGCCGCGCGUGGUAGUGGGUCGUACGCGAUCCCCAGCUGGGUCGCGGCGCGUGACGCCUACCGCGGCUGCCGACACGAACAGCGCAGUGGAAAAGGUCCUCCAAAACGGAGACCUGUAUUCAGGAGCGUUCUUGGGGAACGUGCCGCAAGGGAGCGGCAAGUAUCUGUGGUCCGACGGGUGUAUGUACGAAGGGGAGUGGAAGAAGGGGAAGGCAAGUGGUAAAGGCAAGUUUUCGUGGCCCUCGGGAGCAACCUACGAAGGGGAAUUCAAGUCGGGCCGAAUGGAGGGCCACGGCACCUUCAUUGGCAUCGAUGGCGACACCUACAGGGGCUACUGGGUCGCCGAUCGAAAGCACGGCUUGGGAGAGAAGCGCUACGCCAACGGGGAUGUCUACGAAGGCUCCUGGAAAUGCAAUUUGCAGGAUGGAGAGGGGAGGUAUGUGUGGAGCAAUGGGAAUGAGUAUGUGGGUGAGUGGAAGAACGGUGUCAUUUCCGGUAAAGGGGUUUUGGUUUGGGCCAACGGGAACACGUAUCAAGGCUAUUGGGAGAAUGGGGUACCCAAGGGCAGAGGAGUCUUCACUUGGGCCGAUGGGAGUAGCAAUGCCGGGAAUUGGAGUAAGGAUUUCCAUUUUCAGGUGGGUGCUGUCAGGAAGAGGUCGUCGGCGGACGUGGAAAAUGUGGAUUUCGAUGUUGCCAGGAACGUGAAUUUUCCCCGGAUUUGUAUAUGGGAGCUGGAUGGAGAGGCUGGGGAUAUUACUUGUGAUAUAGUGGAUAACGCGGAGGCUUCUAUGUUCUAUAAGGACGGCAAGGAGUGUAGCUAUGCAGGUUAUGUGGCGCAGACACCGAGGAGUCCGGCUUUGUCGGCCAAUGGGGAGAUCGAGAUCAAGAAGCCGGGGCAGAUGAUAUCCAAGGGGCAUAAGAACUACGAUUUGAUGCUUAAUGUCCAACUGGGCAUCAGGUGCUUGUUUUUGUUUUUGUUGUCUUUUUCGGUUCUUUUGAAUAAUGUUUUGUUUAUUUGCUUGAUUUUCGCUUGCAGAUAUUCUGUGGGAAGGCAUGCUUCAAUACUGAGGGAGCUUAGGCCAGGGGAUUUCGAUCCCAAUGAAAAGUUUUGGACGAGGUUUCCACCGGAAGGGUCCAAGUGCACGCCCCCACAUCAAUCGAUGGACUUCAGAUGGAAGGAUUAUUGCCCAAUGGUGUUCAGACAUCUGAGGGAUUUAUUUGCAAUAGAUCCGGCGGAUUACAUGCUUGCUAUUUGUGGAAAUAACGCGCUUCGGGAGUUGUCUUCUCCCGGAAAGAGUGGAAGUUUAUUCUACCUCACUCAAGAUGACCGUUUUAUGAUAAAGACUGUCAAGAAAUCUGAAGUCAAGAAAUACAACUCCAUUCCAUUUGCUUUCCUUUCUCUGUUUGUGGGAUUCUCUGCCCUUCUCCAAAGCAACAGUAAACGAGGUUACAUCGUCGGAUCAAAAUCAGGAACAGGUAAAUGCCGCCAAAGUCGCUGCAUUUCUUGCCCGGUUUCCGGUGUCAGACUCAAAUCUGAAGGAGGAGGAGGAGGGGGAGGAGAAGAAAGAAGAGAAAUGCAAGAGACUCUGUUGAGUCUAUCUGAAGAAGCUGUUCACCCAGUUGACAACGACGGCUAUUAUAAGAAGAAAAAGUCUGAAGCAGGGGAAGAAGAAGAGGAAGGGGUGCUGUUGGUGGUCACUUCGCCGCGCGUGGUAGUGGGUCGUACGCGAUCCCCAGCUGGGUCGCGGCGCGUGACGCCUACCGCGGCUGCCGACACGAACAGCGCAGUGGAAAAGGUCCUCCAAAACGGAGACCUGUAUUCAGGAGCGUUCUUGGGGAACGUGCCGCAAGGGAGCGGCAAGUAUCUGUGGUCCGACGGGUGUAUGUACGAAGGGGAGUGGAAGAAGGGGAAGGCAAGUGGUAAAGGCAAGUUUUCGUGGCCCUCGGGAGCAACCUACGAAGGGGAAUUCAAGUCGGGCCGAAUGGAGGGCCACGGCACCUUCAUUGGCAUCGAUGGCGACACCUACAGGGGCUACUGGGUCGCCGAUCGAAAGCACGGCUUGGGAGAGAAGCGCUACGCCAACGGGGAUGUCUACGAAGGCUCCUGGAAAUGCAAUUUGCAGGAUGGAGAGGGGAGGUAUGUGUGGAGCAAUGGGAAUGAGUAUGUGGGUGAGUGGAAGAACGGUGUCAUUUCCGGUAAAGGGGUUUUGGUUUGGGCCAACGGGAACACGUAUCAAGGCUAUUGGGAGAAUGGGGUACCCAAGGGCAGAGGAGUCUUCACUUGGGCCGAUGGGAGUAGCAAUGCCGGGAAUUGGAGUAAGGAUUUCCAUUUUCAGGUGGGUGCUGUCAGGAAGAGGUCGUCGGCGGACGUGGAAAAUGUGGAUUUCGAUGUUGCCAGGAACGUGAAUUUUCCCCGGAUUUGUAUAUGGGAGCUGGAUGGAGAGGCUGGGGAUAUUACUUGUGAUAUAGUGGAUAACGCGGAGGCUUCUAUGUUCUAUAAGGACGGCAAGGAGUGUAGCUAUGCAGGUUAUGUGGCGCAGACACCGAGGAGUCCGGCUUUGUCGGCCAAUGGGGAGAUCGAGAUCAAGAAGCCGGGGCAGAUGAUAUCCAAGGGGCAUAAGAACUACGAUUUGAUGCUUAAUGUCCAACUGGGCAUCAGAUAUUCUGUGGGAAGGCAUGCUUCAAUACUGAGGGAGCUUAGGCCAGGGGAUUUCGAUCCCAAUGAAAAGUUUUGGACGAGGUUUCCACCGGAAGGGUCCAAGUGCACGCCCCCACAUCAAUCGAUGGACUUCAGAUGGAAGGAUUAUUGCCCAAUGGUGUUCAGACAUCUGAGGGAUUUAUUUGCAAUAGAUCCGGCGGAUUACAUGCUUGCUAUUUGUGGAAAUAACGCGCUUCGGGAGUUGUCUUCUCCCGGAAAGAGUGGAAGUUUAUUCUACCUCACUCAAGAUGACCGUUUUAUGAUAAAGACUGUCAAGAAAUCUGAAGUCAAGGUGCUUAUUAGGAUGCUUCCAAGUUACUACCAACAUGUUUGUCAGUACAAGAACUCUUUGGUAACAAAAUUUUUUGGCGUUCAUUGUGUAAAACCAGUGGGAGGUCAAAAGACACGUUUUAUCGUGAUGGGCAAUCUAUUUUGUUCGGAGUACCGUAUCCACAAACGGUUUGACCUCAAAGGUUCUUCUUAUGGCCGCACAACUGAUAAGCCCGAGGAGGAAAUAGACGAGACAACAACACUCAAGGACCUUGAUUUGAAUUAUGUGUUUCACUUGGAAGGUUCAUGGUUUCAAGAACUUAUCUGGCAAAUUGAUAGAGACUGUGAAUUCUUGGAAGGGGAAAGAAUCAUGGAUUACAGUCUUUUAAUUGGUGUUCACUUCUGUGGUGAAUACUCAGGUGGUGAGAUGAAGAUGUCACCAUUGGAUAUGUUUUCUGGCAGAAAUGAUAUGCAUCACAAUGAGACAUUCAUUCGAGGAUGUCAUUUGAAUAAAGUAGAGAUGCAGGAUAAGGAUUGGAUUGUAGUAGGCCGGGGACCACUAAUCCGGCUAGGGGCAAACAUGCCUGCAAGAGCAGAGCGGGUGUCAAGGGUUGGAUUGGAUCAGCUUUCAGGGAGUGGAAGUAGCAAUUCAACCCCAUCACAAUGUGGUGGGGAGAUCUUUGACGUGAUUCUCUUCUUUGGUAUCAUUGACAUUCUCCAAGAUUAUGAUAUUAGCAAAAAGCUAGAACAUGCCUACAAGUCUUUCCAAGUGGAUCCCACCUCCAUUUCAGCUGUGGAUCCAAAACUAUACUCAAAAAGAUUCCGAGACUUCAUACACAGAAUUUUUGUGGAGGGCAAGUGAAAUUUUGAAGAAAACCCCACCAAUCUUUUGCGUGGUUUAAUCAGGGUGAAAGCCGCCACACAGCCAGGACGCCAGGGCGUGUGAGUCUCCCAGGCUAUGAAUGCUGCAAAUAGGCGGUGAGGCUGAUCGGACGUUGGCCGGAAAAGCCCUGGUGAUGUUAAUGGAUAACUUUUUGAUAGGCGCUGAUAAAGAGAGACAAGGAGGGGGUGGUUGGUUGGCAUGAGGGUGUAUAUCUUAGAGAGAUACAGCAGGUGAUCACAAAGUUCUUUUUCUUUAUCUUUCUUUUGUUCAAUUGUUUUAUUUGUGGUGGGCAAUUCAGAUAUAUUGGUCUCUGGUAGCAGGGUAUGGAAAAAUAGAGAAAUGCUCCCAGAGGAAUGUGGAAUUGGUGGGGAUUAAAUAAAAAGUGUACAGUAAAAAAAAGAUGGGAGAUUGGAAUUGAACAACAUUUU